AUGGGGUCGGAGGCGGCGGCGGCGUUGCUCGGGGCGGUGCGGGCCUGCGGCCAGGACCAGCUGCUCCGCUUCUGGCCCCAGCUGGGCCCCGGCCAGCGCCGGGCCCUGCUCGCCGACCUGGCCACGCUGGGGCCCGCGGGCCUCGGGGAGCACUGCCACAGGGCCCUAAGGGCCUGGGGCCAACGGCGGCACCGGCGGGACCGGCGGCGCCUCCUCCGCGACGCCCUCCAGGACCCCCCGGACCCCGCGGACCGGCCGCUGUCGGCCCGCCUGCGGCCCCUGCCCCCCGACGCCCUGGGCGGCGCCCGCCGACACCCCCCGCACACCCUCCGGCGCUGGGAGCUCGAAGGUUUCCACCAGAUCGCCCAGAACAGAGUGGCCGUUCUGCUGCUGGCGGGGGGACAGGGGACCCGUCUUGGGGUGACGUACCCCAAGGGGAUGUACAGCGUGGGGCUGCCCAGCGGGAAGACCCUCUACCAGCUUCAGGCCGAGAGGAUUCGCCGGGUGGAGGAGCUGGCCGGCCAGAAAUCUGGCAGCAGAUGUACCGUGCCCUGGUACAUCAUGACGAGCGAGUUCACCCUGGGGCCCACGGCCCGGUUCUUCGAGGAGCACGGCUACUUCGGCCUGGACCCGUCCGACGUGGUGAUGUUUGAGCAGAGGAUGCUGCCCGCCGUCACCUUCGACGGCAAGGCCAUCCUGGAGCGGAAGGACAAAAUAGCCAUGGCCCCAGAUGGCAACGGAGGUUUAUAUCGGGCCCUUGAGGACAACAGAAUUCUGGAGGAUAUGGAGCAGCGGGGCAUCCAGUACGUUCACGUUUACUGUGUGGACAACAUCCUCGUCAAAAUGGCCGACCCCGUCUUCAUCGGCUUCUGCGUGCUGAGGGGGGCGGACUGCGGAGCCAAAGUGGUGGAGAAGGCGUAUCCCGCGGAGCCCGUGGGGGUGGUUUGCCAGGUGGACGGGGUCUUCCAGGUGGUGGAGUACAGCGAAAUCGGGCCCGAGACCGUCCAGGCGCGCAACCCCGACGGAAGCCUGGUCUAUAGCGCCGGCAACAUCUGCAACCAUUUCUUCACCCGCAGCUUUCUGGAGACCGUUACUCGGGAAUUUGAGUCCUUGCUGCAGCCGCACGUAGCCGUUAAGAAGGUCCCGUACGUGGAUGAGGAGGGCAACCUGGUGACGCCAGACAAGCCCAACGGGAUAAAGAUGGAGAAAUUUGUGUUCGACGUGUUCCAGUUCGCCAAGAACUUCGUGGCCUUCGAGGUCCUCCGGGAAGAGGAGUUCUCGCCCUUAAAAAACGCCGACACGGCCGACAAAGACAGCCCGACCACCGCCCGCCGGGCCCUGCUCUGGCAGCACUACCGCUGGGCCCUGGAAGCCGGAGGCCGCUUCCCUCGGGGGAGCCCUUCCGGGGUCUCACCGGACCAGGACCCGAUCCCGGGAGCCCAAGAACCACCCGCUAUCUGUGAGAUUUCGCCGCUGGUGUCUUAUUUUGGAGAGGGCUUGGCGACGUACCUGAAGGAUAAAGAGCUCCAGUCGCCGUUCAUACUCGACGAGCACGAGGCGAAGGUAUUAGCCGCGGCUUGAAGGAUUCGAAAGCCUCCUCCUGGAAUUUGGUCGCUCAUGCGCUUAUGAUUUGGCUAGAAAGAACUCAGCCGCGGGGCCUAAUUCCAGAAGAGAUCGUGUCUUUUGGAUAAAUCUGAUCUCAUGGGAUGUUUUUGCAAAGGAAAGUCGACUCUGGGAUGAAAUUCCCGAGUUCCCCCGAUAGUUACGGAUCUUUUAGUGAUUGGACCUCGGAUUAAUCUCAUUAAUUGGAUUAUCUGGGUGUUUCCGUUUUCCGUGCUGGCUCUGUCCUUUACCUCAGCCGAUCAAGGAAGGUCAUCAGCUUCUCCUCAGUGAGCUGCUAGGUGUAGAAACAUAGCAUCCGUUCCUUGACCUUCUAAGCAGUUCUUUUUUGAGGGACCUAUUUUUAAGGAAUGUGGGAAAGGGGAGUUUGGGUUUGGAUUUUUUGUGGGGGGUAAAGGAUUUCAAAGAGGGAAGAGAAAUACCAAUCCCAUCUCUCUUUCGUGAACCCGUGAUGGGGUUCUGGUAGUUUGGCAGCUCCUCAUUUGCUCCCAAGCAUCUCAUCCAGUGUCCCCAGGGACCUCACCUGCUCCCAAUCUUCUGUCCCCAGAAGAUUUUGAAGAUGAUGUUAGUGGGUCCCGAUCUCCCCUUGAAAGGCCAACAGAUCCCCAACUUGCAUUAAUGUUAGGGAGUAGUUCUACCACCUCUGUUGUACGGUACUCUCCCAAGCGCUUAGUACAGUGUCCUGCACACAGUAUGCGCUCCAUAAAGACCCCUAUUCAUCGGUCAGUGGAGGCUUUUCACGCCCCUGGCCGUGGCCUCAGAGAAAUCCCAUUUUCACUCUCGGGAAAGAUCCGGGGAACCGUUCCUUUGGCCAGCCGGACCAGAAGAAGGAAGUAGCCGUGCAAGAUAAAGAGAAUGAGAAAGGGCUAUUUUUCUCCCCAUUUUAGAGUCCUUUGUUCUCCACCCUGAAGCAGAGACCUCGGUGGACGGGGACGGUUUUAAUCUCAUACGGCCUAUCUGUAGUUGAGUUGGCGGUCAAGAAAUGAGACCGGUCCACUUAGAAGGGCAGGGACAUUUGUACAGCCAGUAUUGCCCUGUUGAUGAUGUGAAUCUCUGACCUCUGGUCUCCAUUCCGUAAAAUGAAGGUUCCAUGUACUUAGCCGUGAGCCCUAUGUGGGACAGGGACUGAAACUAACCCGAUUAUCUCGUAGCUCUUCCGGCACUCAGUACCGUGCUUGGAGUAUAUCGGCGCUUACUGGCUAUUGUUUUGUUUUGUUUUGCUGUCUAUCUCCCCCUUCUAGAUUGUGAGCCCGCUGUGGGGCAGGGAUUGUCUCUGUCUGUUGCCGAUUUGUACUUGCAAGCGCUUACUACAGUGCUCUGCACACAGUAAGCGCUCAGUAAAUACGACUGAAUGAGUGAACGAACGUAUAUCACAAAGAUACCUGCCAAAGUGCCUCUGUUUACGUUUUUCUGUAAUGUAGCCAGAUGAACUCUUCUGUGCCUUGUCUUCCUCAUCGGCAAAAUGGGAAUUAAAAUCCUACUCCUUCCAUAGACUGUGAGCCCCACGCGGGACCUGAUGAUUUUGUACUUAGGACAACGCUUAGCGUCGAAUCAGCGCUUAACCAAUACCACGAUGAUUCAAGCCAAA